UUCGAGAAUGGUAUAUUCCGUAAUUUAGGUCCAAAGACGUUACAUUUUUGUAAUUUCAUCUGCCUCUUGGACGAUAAACUCGAUUCGCAGAAAAGGAUUGACAAGCGUGUUGAAGAAGAAGAAGAAAUCUCAACUGGUGGAGACUCGAGAUCUGUCGACUAGCGCAAGUUUAGUGUUAAUCUUUGCAGAAACCGCGAGAGGAGAUGGCAGCAGAGGAGGGACAAGUUAUCGGCUGCCACACCGUCGAGCAGUGGACCGAACACUUCAACAAAGCCAAAGAGAGCAAGAAACUGGCAGUGGUAGAUUUUACUGCUUCUUGGUGCGGGCCUUGCCGUUUUAUUGCUCCAAUUCUGGCAGAUAUCGCAAAGAAGAUGCCACAAGUGAUAUUUCUCAAGGUGGACGUGGAUGAGCUGAAGUCUGUGUCUGAGGACUUUAAGGUUGAGGCCAUGCCAACUUUUGUCUUCCUGAAAGAAGGAAACGAGGUCCAUAGGGUUGUGGGGGCCAAGAAAGAAGAACUGCUUAGUUGCAUAGCCACGCAUGCUGCUGCUGCUUCUACCAUGACAGCCUGAGCUUUCAAAGAACAAAUAAUUCCCCCCCACCCGACUAACCGACUUGCUUCGUUUUUAUCUAAUAACAAUAACAAAAACAACUGUGGUUCUCAUAGUCGGUUUCAAUGCUUCUAGUUCUGUAGUUUGCAGCUUUGACUCACUGUAUCAAGUCAUGCAAGCUUUUGUAUGGAAGAUAUGGAUUUGAGAUAAUGCAACCAUGUCUGCUUUGCUUUCAUCUUUAUGGCAUUAGUGAACUGGGUAUUUUGUUCUAUGUGUUAUGCAGAAGUUUGCUUGCUAGAUAAUUUCAAAAAAAA